CCCAAAUUUCGCACCCGCUUCAACCGCUUUGAUUUGCUGCUUUUUGCUUGUAAAUUACAUUCCCCUUUCAAGCUCACCCGUUAAACUGAUCGAAUGUUGCUUUCUCGCUCGGUAGCCCUUUCCAUUUUGGCCUGUCUUGGCGCCAAUGCGUUGACCAUUCCAAAUGUCGGUGACGUCAUUGAGACCUUCAAAGGCACAGGCCUCCAGGACUUGAAACAUGCUGUGGGCGAGUCUGCCAAGCACUUGAACGAGGCCGCUGGCUCUUUGGUGCCUGCUGCUGCCACCCGUUUCGCUGAUUUUGAGAAGAAGAUCUCCUCCAGCUUGGCUGCCCCAUUCUUGGAGAACGAGCGCAAUGUGAUUGCUCACAAAUACAUUGUCGUUUUCAAGACCAAUGUCGAGGAGAACAUGGCGCAGUUCCACAGAGAAUGGAUUGCGGAGAGACAUGCCCAAGACGUGGGCCAAACCGACUCCUCCGACUCUUACUUUGCCUCUAUCAAGGACGCAAACGUCGAGGGCGGAAUUUCGGACAUCUUCAACAUUGCCGACUCUUUGAGCGGAUACUCGGGCUACUUCUUGGACUCGACGCUUGAGUGGAUCCGCCGCGACCCCGCUGUUGCUUUUGUCGAGAAGGAUUCCAUGGUGUACGCCAACGAGUUUGACAUCCAAAAGAGCGCCCCGUGGGGCUUGGCGCGUGUGUCUCACCGCAACCCUCUCUCCUUGGGAAACUUCAACCAAUACCUUUACGACAAUGAGGGCGGCGAGGGUGUGACCGCGUACGUGAUUGACACUGGUGUUUACAUUGACCACUUGCAAUUUGAAGGAAGAGCCAAGUGGGGCAAGACCAUUCCCACCGGCGACACCGACACCGACGGCAACGGCCACGGCACCCAUUGCGCUGGAACCAUUGCCUCCAAGGACUACGGUGUUGCCAAGAAAGCCGAGGUUGUCGGUGUCAAGGUGUUGAGGUCGAACGGCUCGGGCUCCAUGUCUGAUGUAGUCAAGGGAGUGGAGUUCGCCGCGCAGUCUCACCAGGCAGCCGUCAAGGCCAAGAAGAAGGGAUUCAAGGGCUCCACCGCCAACAUGUCGUUGGGAGGUGGCAAGUCUCCUGCCCUUGACAUGGCUGUGAACGCUGCAGUGAAGUCGGGCAUUCACUUUGCCGUUGCAGCCGGUAACGAGAACCAGGACGCCUCCAACUCUUCUCCUGCGUCUGCAGAGUUGGCCAUCACUGUUGGCGCGUCGACCAUCUCCGACGCCAGAGCUUACUUCUCGAACUACGGUAGUGCCGUCGACAUCUUUGCGCCGGGCCUCAACAUCCUCAGUACGUACAUUGGCUCAGAGACCUCGACCGCGACGUUGAGUGGAACUUCGAUGGCGUCGCCUCACAUUUGUGGUUUGUUGACCUACUACCUUUCCUUGCAACCCGGAGCUGGCUCUGAGUUUUUCGUGUCGGACAAAGGGGUGUCCACCACGCAGUUGAAGAAGAACUUGAUCGGUUUCGGUACGUCCGGUGUGUUGUCGGGACUUCCUGAGGACGGCACUCCGAACGUGUUGGCCUUCAACGGUGCGGGUCACAACUUGACCGACUUCUGGGCAGGCACGCACGAGGCACAUGCGCCAAAGGCGGAGGGGACUUUCCCGGGAAUGUCCGCCGCGGUGCACGCGCGCGCGCGUACUACUAAAUACACACAAGAAAUCUAAAGUAGCUUCCGCCACAGUAGCCCGUCCGUGGUGUGCCGCUGGAUGGGGAGCCGCGUUCGUGGGGCGGGCGACGCCUGGCGUACAUGGGCUACGCGAGAAGGCAUUCCAUGGGAUUCGGCCUUUUUCUGGAGGUGCGGACGCGAGGCCCGCGCCUGUGUGCAGGCCGUGCCGCUCACUAAGCAGGCUCGCUUCAAGAACGGCGUACUACAUUGGCAAAAGCACCAAACCCUCCCUUGCUUCUUCCUGCCCACGCCCCCACUCUGUAUAUACUCACCUGAAAUCACCGCUCUGUCCACA